UUAAUAUGUCCAUUUACCCUGCAGGUGGUGCGUGGUGGAAACAUCCCCUGUUUUGGGUAAGUAGGUCUAAGUAUAUAAAAGACAGAUUUUUAAGAUGAUAUUUAUUAUGUGUUUCCAUCUUCGUGGAAUUAAGUAGCUGUUUACUAGAAACAUGAUGGAGCUCAGGCCAGCAUUGCUGGUAGCGUUAUGCUUGGCUUUUGUGGCCAGCGAACCAUUACGUUAUAGAAAAAGAAUAACGAAGAAUAUUUUACAGCCGAAAAUACCUGUGAUACCGUUAGAUUAUAAAAUAGGCUACCAACUUACACCAGCCCACACCGAAGCGCUGAAAUUCGAAGCGCCACCAAAACCCCUUGUGCCCAAUUGCGAAGCGCCUGUAUACAUUGCACCUCAACCAACUUACGCGCCACCGCCACCACCUCCUCCUCCUCCUCCGCCACCACCGAGUUACAUUCCACCGCCUGCAGAGUAUUUUCCUCUGCCAUCGUCGACUCCAGCUCCACCGCCGCCGCCACCACCACCACCACCCCCACCACCCCCACCACCCCCACCGCCACCAUCACCACCUAAGCUGGAAUACUUUCCAUUACCGUCAUCUACUGCCGCUCCACCCCCGCCACCACCACCAUUCAGAAUAGAAGUUCUUGAACCGUACAUACCUCCAUCUCCACCAAAGGCAGGAUGUAUUGAAUUUGCUCCUCUACCACCGAGCCCUCCUCCUUCUCUACCGGCAUAUUUUGAAACUCCAACUGCAGCUCCACCUCCUCCGCCACCACCACCACCACCUCCACCACCUCCACCUCCUGUUCCCUCGCCUUACCCAUUACCGCAAUAUCCCAUCUACCCAUCUCCUCCUCCACCACCACCAUCUCCAGCACCAAUUGCAACUUUCGCACCACCGCCGCCGCCACCUCCAGCACCUUACCCUUGCGAUGACCAAAGAAGAGAAGUUCUGAUUCAGGCACCAGCCUUGUUACCAUUACCACCUGCGCCUUCUUUUCCAGAAAAUGAUGCUAUUUUGAUUGAAGCACCUCAGGAUUACCCUCCACCUCCACCAGUACCUUCUCCUCAACCAUUACCACCUCAACAGCUGUAUCCUUCGCCGUCGCCUCCACCACCACCUCCUCCUCCACCACAGCCGAUAUACCCGGCUUAUCCAACUCUUCCACCUUCACCUCCACAACCAAUUUACCCAAUUUUCCCAUCUCCGUCGCCUCCGCCACCACCUCCCCCUCCACCGCAGCCAAUUUACCCAUCGUUUCCGUCUCCGUCGCCUCCUCCAGGAAGCGACUGUAUAACCUAUGAUUCAGCUCAAAAUCCUAUUUACGUGCCAUUUUCGCCGAACAUUGAUCCUUUCCCAUAUUCGGCCAUCGCUUUAAAAUAAACUUUUAUUCGUAAAAUAUCUGAGUUGUAUCUUGUGUUCUAAUUAUUGUUUUUGUAAAAUAUAUGUUUUUGUUAAAUUUCA